AUGUCUCAACAUCUCAGCAGCACCCGCUCAUCACGCGCUCUUUUUGCUUCCAUCGUGAUGAUGGUAAUGAUGAUUUUAUUCCUUUCUACUCAAUCAUCACUCGCCAUUACACCAGUCGGACCAAGAAUUAGUAAUUUGAAAAAUUCAUGGACUAUUGGAAAUUCCUCUCCGAAUACACUUGUUGAAUUUGAAAUGUUCUUGGAUUUGACUUGUCCUGAUUGUGCUACACAUUUCCAAAGUAUUACCAAGCCUCUUGUUCAAUAUUAUUUUAAUAAUGGAACUUCUGGAAAUCAAGAUAAGGUUGUUUUUAGUCUUCAUUUGAUGCCAUUGCCAAUGCAUAUUGCUGGAUUUUAUUCUGCUCAAACCUAUUCGAUUGUUUCCAAGUUUUCAAAGGCUGAUAGAAAUGUUUGUUGGAAGUUUUUGGAUUUAUUCUUUAGUAAUCAAUCACCUGCUUCAAAUGCUAAUUUGAAGAAUAUGAAUCAAGCUCAAAUUUUCAACUUGAUCUAUGCUACCUAUGUUCAACCAUUGGGAUUGAUUAGUUAUGAACAAUAUUUGAGUGAAAUGAAUAGUCAAUCAUCAUUUGCUCAAGCUGCUUCAAUGUUUGGUUAUGCUACUUCAAGAGGAUUGUAUGGAACUCCAUUCUUCUUUGUUAAUGGUGUUAAUGUUUUCAAUGGAUAUGAUUUCACUGCUGCUGAUUGGAUUUCAAUGAUUGAUGGAAUUAUUAAGAGUAAUUAA